CGUUGUUCUUACUGCUGCUAGUAAUGCUGGUGCUGGAACUUCCGUUUCUGUUUUUGUAACUACUACUUCAGUUAUUUGUGUUGUUGCUGUUGUAAGUUCUGCUGCCGCCGCUGCUGCUACUUUUGUUGUUGUUACUUCUGCUGCUGAUGCUACGGGUGCUGCUGCUGCUGAUGCUGCUGUUGCAAUAUUGUCACUAUUACGACUGCGAUUGAUGUUUAACGAUUUUGGUUUUAAGAUUCACUGAUGUCAAGACGCGGGAAACUUCAUUAAAUUCGGUGUUCAGUGCGAAAUGUAUACAUAAGUAUAUAUAAGUAUACAUGAAUAUGUGUAUUUAUAUAUGAAUGUAUAGAAAAUGUAGUGCGGUGAAGUGGGGGUAAGAAAAAAAGUGUUAAAAUCUUAAAGGGAAUCACAAAAUCAAGAAACAAAGUACUAAGUAACUAAGUAACUGAAAACAGAUGAAAAUAAGUGACUACCCAUAAAAUCCCAUAAUAUUUUCUUAAUACCAGAACAUCAUCUGAUGAUGUUGACGAUGAUGAUAAUACAAAUAAACAUAUGAAAGAAAAUAUAAAUACUAUUUUAUUGUUUUCCUUUCGGUGGGGGUGCGGGAAUCAAAAAGCUUAAAAUGUAGAAAUAUUUUGAUAAAUAAAUAGAGUAAAACACACACACGAAAAAAAGAAAUAUUAUAAUUUCAAAAUCAUUCCUAAUUCAAUAUAAAACAAACAAUUAUUUAUUUAUUUACUUUCCCUGUUUAAUUGAAAGCGAUUAAAAUGAAUAAUCUGAUGUAGAAAGAAAAAAAAAACAACAAAGAAAGAAAAAAAAAGAUAAAAUAAAAGAAGAAAGAAAGAAAAACGAAACUUACAAAAACGGAGGAACAAGGAAUACUAUUUAUAUAAAUUGUAUUUUACUACAAUCAGAAAGUGGGAAAUUUACAAUCACUUAAACACAUCAAAGAAGUGGAUUUAAAAGACUUAAAAGGAGAUAAAGAAAACAAACAAACUACAAAUAAAACGAACUACAAGCAAACAUAACUCAAAUAUCAACAAGUAAUUUUUAAUUAAUUAAAUGAUAACGAUUGAAAACACAUAAAAACUAAAUAUUCAUGUUUGAAAAUAAUCAUGGACACACCAUCAACAUUAUCAUCAACAUUAUCAUCAUGCGUGACGAAAUCAUACAAAACGCAAAUAUAAGAGAUUGAGCUAUUUUCUGUGUAUUAUUUUCUUCUUUAGAAACAAAAGAAAGAAAACAUAUAUUUUAUUUAUAUAGAGAAAAAAGAAAAAAAACAAAAAACACGAGAAAAAACUUUUAUUUUUCAAAAAAGGGAAAGAUUACGUAUGGACAGUGGUGACAAUUUGCAACUCUCAGAAAAAUUUAACAUGCAAUUUUUCAGAUACAAUCUUACUUAAGGCAUUGUUUGUGCUACCAUGAUUGAAUUAACAUAUCGGGAAAUCAACUACCUUCAAUUUGAUGGGAGCUGCAACUAAUUAUUCUAAGGAAUAAGAUGACCCACUAUUAUCAGCACUUGAUUACUGAGGUACAGAGAUUUUUUCUAAGAACCGCCUAAAUUUUACCAAUGAACGCGAGUCAGAAAAUUUCGGCUUUUUCUUUGGCCAGAACGACGAUAUCAAGUCUACUCGAAUCCCAAGCUGUCCAAGAUAAAUCCUCCAGUUAUGAUGUGACAAUCGACUGGGCAGACAACACAACUACAGAAGAAUUAUCCACCUUAGCACCGACCAAUCCAUUCAUUCUGCCAUGGUGGCAACAAGUAUUUUUCAUCAUCAUCUUCCUCGCCAUGAUUAUCGCCUCGAUCGGUGGAAACCUCAUUGUUAUGUGGAUAGUUCUCUGGCACAAGCGUAUGCGAACCGUAACCAAUUACUUCCUUUUUAACCUGGCAUUGGCAGAUGCCCUUAUAUCCGUCUGGAACACUCUAUUCAACACAGCAUAUUUGUUGUAUAGUAAUUGGUGGUUCGGUGAGGACUUCUGCAAAUUUUCCAUGUUCGUAGCUCCUUGUACGACGUCUGCCAGUGUGUUUACACUUAUGGCCAUAGCUAUCGACAGAUAUCUGGCCAUUAUGCGAUGGGUGAGAAUGUCAGCGAAAGUGGUCAUUGGACUCAUCGUAGUCAUAUGGUUGGCCUCUUGCCUCAUAUCGCUACCGCUGGCUAUUUAUUCCAAGACCGAGACUUUUAGCUACGCUGACGGCUCAACGCGAACCCUCUGCCUCCAAGAGUGGCCAGGCAACCAGAGAAGUUCAAGUGUUGAGCUGGGAUACAACAUUUUCUUGAUCAUUGUCAACUAUUUUCUGCCCAUGUUUAUUCUAAUUGUCACAUACACGUUCCUGGGAAAAGAACUUUGGGGCAGCAAAGCAAUUGGUGAAAAUACUUCCAUCCAGCAACAAAGAGUCAAAGCAAAACAAAAGGUGGUUAAAAUGAUGAUUGUCGUGGUGAUUAUAUUUGCUGUCUGCUGGCUACCAAUGCAUCUAUACUUCUUGCUAGUUUCAUCGUUUCCCAGUAUCAACAGCUACCAAUACAUUCAACAGAUAUUUCUGAUUAUUUACUGGAUGGCUAUGUCCAACUCUAUGUACAACCCUAUCAUAUAUUGCUGGAUGAACGCACGGUUCCGUCAAGGUUUCAAACUGGUCUUCUGCAUUUUUCCUUGUGUACAUGUACAAAAAAAGAGGCGCCCUGAUCGUAAUAUGACUCUUUCAAUGAGUAUGUCGGAUACAAAGGGUGUCAACCGAAACGGUUCGUUGAUGCACACUACCAUGGAGAAUAUGGAGGAAUCAUACAAUAGUCCGGAAACAAUUCAAGAAACGGAUUGGAAGCAAAAUAGUAAAGACGAUCCAGCGGCAGACGAUGAAUAUUUGUAGGAAGCAGAAAAACGACAGGGAAGAAAAUGACAUAAAUGAAAUAAAGAAAGAAAAUUAUAUUUAAAAGAAAAAAAUGACGUUAAAAUAUAGUAAAAAUAAUAAUAAUAAAGGGAGAUCACUUCCUAAGCCGAGAUACAUAGAGACACUUGCUUUAGCCAUUGAAUGAGAGUAAACAUCGAGAGUAGAGAGUCUAGUAGAUAAAUGUGAGAGCAGGUGAAUGAGUGAGUGUGGGUGCAGGUGAAUGAGUGUAAGGACAGAUAAGAGAGUGAGUAUGCGGGUAACUAAAAGGACAUGUGUAAGGAGAGAGUAUGAUUUUGAGUGGAGGAAUAUGAAAACCUCCAAGUGAGCGUGAUGGCAGGUAAGUGUGACGACAGUGAGUGUGAGGAAAUGUAAGCAUAGGUAAGUGAAUAUGAGGGUAGAUGAAUGAGGAAAGGCAUGUGAGUGAGAGUGAUGCUGGGUAAAUAAGUGAGUGUGGAUGAGUGGAUGUAAGAACAGAUGGCUGUGAGUGAGUGAGUGAGCGAGUGAGUGAGUGAGUGAGAAAUGAGUGGGAAAGUUAGUGACUGAGUAGAUGUAUGUAUGAGAGGGAGAGAGAGAGAUUGGGUGAGGAAUGGGUCAGUGAAUGACAGGUAAAUGAGUAAGCAAAGGGGUUAAAGCAUAAAUAGGAUUCAAUGAGUGAGUAGGGAUCAAUGAGUGAGUGAGUAAUAGAGUGAGAGAUAGGGGAUAUUACUAUAUUUAAAAGGAUAUUUUUAUUCGUGAGUAAAUCAACGCAUGCAUCUAACCACAUGUCUUGGCGCUUGCAUAUACACGCACGCAUGCACACACACACGCACACACACUCAGACACACAUACAAACAGAAACACACACAAACACACAUACACACAUAUAUACAUGUAGACAAACACACAUUCACA